AUCAGCUGUUCAAUGUCAACAACAACAACGGCUUUCCUUUAUGUGUGAAGACAUAAAAAAUUCAAAGUUGUAUUUGCUAGAGAAGUCUUCAUGAGACCCACAGGGGAGUGUAACAUGUAAUGACAAUCACAAACAGACUCUCAGACUUUUGCAUUCCACUCAUAAAAGCUUCCUCAAAAGUUAACUCAAGACCAGGGAGGAAAGUGGGCAGAAAUGUCCCGCACAGGAAGCCUUGGCCUAGACCUGGAGAUCCUGCGCCGCCUCAACCGAGAUCGGUUGGUGCGGGUGUUAGAGGAUGCACCAGGAUCCAAGGACCUAGUGAUCGACGGUGACCUCCUCAAAAUGCUAGACCGCAUUGCAGGGGCCACCUUGCUCAGGAGUCAUGGUGUGGAAAAGAUGCACAAGUUGCAGCGCGUUCCCCCCCCAGUGCAGUGUGGGCAGCGGGUGUACAUCGUGCGUCCUGCUCUUGUCACCCUCAAAUAUAUUGCAGAUCAUGUACAUGAAGAUGCCAGGACCCACCCUGAUCUGAGAGUCCACGUCGUGGUGGUGCCCCGCGUGACGCCCUGGGUGACGGGGCUGCUGGAGGAGGAGGGCCUCUACGGGACACUCAACCUCCACGAGUUCACGCCGGAGUUCGUGCCUUUGGAUGAUGACCUCCUCUCGCUCGAAAUGACUUCGUUCUUCAGAGACGCGUUCCUGGGCGGCGACUUCUCCGGCUGCGUGGGCGUGGCGCGGGCGCUGAACACGCUGCAGGGGCUGUUCGGCGCCUUCCCCAACGCGGUGGCGCACGGGCGGGCGGCGCGGGCGGUCGUGGGCGCCCUCGACGCUCUCACGGCGCAGGAGUCGCCCAAGAAGGCGCUGCAGUUGCCGGAGAUCGGGCACCUGUUCGUGUUCGACCGCGACGCCGACCUGGUGACGCCCCUGCUGAGCCAGCUGACGUACGAGGGCGCCCUGGACGAGCACUUCGGCAUCCGCGCGGGCGUGGUGGAGCUGCCGAAGGAGGUGGCCGGCCCCGACGCCCCCACCAAGCUGCCCCUCAACGCCAGGGACACCAUCUACGACAACAUCAGGAACAGGCACUUCGCUGGCGUCUCCGGCUACCUCAUUACGAGGGCGCAUGAGGUGAAGGCGAAGCGCGAGCAGGCGCAGACGAUGACGACGGCGCAGAUGAAGGACUUCGUGGCCAACGAGAUCCAAACGCUGCAGCAGUUGCAGCGCUCGCUGUCUCUGCACCUGUCGGCGUGCGAGGCCAUCACGACGCGCACGCGCAAGGACUUCGACUCGCAGCUGAGCAUGGAGCACGGGCUGGUGACGGGCGCGGGCACGGCGGCGGAGGCGCAGACCUUCCUCAAGGACUGCCUGGCCCGCAUGCUGCCGCUGCACGCUAACCUGCGCCUGCUGUGCCUGCUGUCGCUCACGCAGGACGGCCUCUCCAGGGACCGCUACAACACGCUCAGCCAGCGGCUCCUGGCGGCGCACGGCCACCGGCACCUGGUCACGCUGCAGCACCUGCGCCAGAUCGGCCUCCUCGCCGUCAACGAGUCCUUCACGUCCGGCGGCGGCGGCGGCGGCGGCACGGGGCGGGGCCAAACCCCCCGGGGGGGGGGCCCCCCCGGGGGCUCGGACGCGGUAACAGUGCCAACCCCGAAGGGUAUUUCGUUUUCCCUCAAUGAUUUGCAAGGAAAAAGCAAAAUGCAGUAUGUAAGUACAGAUAUCACAAAACAGGAAGAUUUAAACAGGUUACCAUAA